AUGAGCACGCUGAGGAGUGAGUGGAAGUACAUGCUUCCCUUCGACCUUGACCUCGCCAGCUCCGGAUUUGUCGAUGCGCAUGGGCAGAGGAUAUCUGUGUCGAACCUGAUUGCCCGCAACCCACGUGCCGCACAGAAGUUCCUCAAGGAGCUCUCGAGCCUCAUCGGCCAGAGAAUCCAGGCCUAUGGAGGUCGAAGGGGUGGCAUUGUCGGUGGCUACACCUUGCUGGAAUCACUGGGCUCGAAGGAUCCAGUGUCCUCGAAGGACACGCCAGAUCCCGUCCAGCGCAUGAUAAGCAAGAAGAAGAGCCAGAAAGAUCUACAGCGCAGCGACACACAGCGGGCCAUCUCCAGGAAGCGGUGGUCGAUCGUCAAGGCAUUAACGCAAUGGCUUUUGCUCUGGUUUCGGAGACGACGCCUGCACACGUCAGCCAAUAUUUGUGUUAUGGUCCUGCGACAGAUGGGUGAAUGGUCUAGGAUCAGGAGUGCAAUGAAAGGCUUUGUCGACAACGUCACUCUUCUCCAGCGAUGGUGCAAGCGCUUCCUUACUGUAAAAAGGCGGAGGUGUGGGCUUUGUGAGAAGGAGUGGGAGAGGUUUGAAGACUUCCACUUGUCCCAUUUCUUUCGCAACAAGGCACAAGCCAUCAUUCAGGAGCAGAAGGAGUUAGCAGCCACGGAAGCUAUGGGUGGUCAGGGCAAGAGGCAGUACAAAGGCAUACAAUCUGGGAAAGCCAAGCGGGACAAGCAGGCCUUCCUGAACUUGUUGGAAGCUGGUGUCGAAGGAGGCGAAAUAUCUAUUGACUUCCGAGCUUACAAGAUCCCUCCUGCGGAAAGGAGAGCCAUUAUCAACCGAUGGUACAUGGUGACUUUGAGGAACCAUGUACGUUCAGAGCAGACUAUCGCUCUGACCAUAAAGGAGAUGCUGGCGGCCGAACGG